AUGGUUUUAGUUCAAGAUUUAUUACAUCCAACUGCUGCUUCAGAAGCCAGAAAACACAAAUUAAAACAAUUGGUUCAAUCACCACGUUCAUUCUUCAUGGAUGUUAAAUGUCCAGGUUGUUUAAACAUCACCACUGUCUUCUCACAUGCCCAAACUGCUGUCACUUGUGAUUCUUGUGCUACUGUCUUAUCUCAACCAACCGGUGGUAAAGCUAGAUUGACUGAAGGUUCUUCAUUCCGUAGAAAAUAA